GCAGCGCAGGGAGCGGACACUGGCUUUCCAUCGUGUAAACGGGGCUAACCUAUUUCCAAAGUCUCCAGACGCCAGCAGCAGAAACCAUCUCCUCUCACAGCUGAUGAAUUUAUGUCACCGGCUGACACUAUUUGCAGCAUCCGUAUGACGGCAUCAGCAGGCGCCUUUAUUUACUUCUGGUCCGGUUAGCUCGCCGCUGCCCCGCUGCAAUGGAGGUAAACAGGGACGAAGCGGAGCGCUGCAUUGACAUUGCAACUGCGGCGUUAACCAACGAGCAGCCGGAGAAGGCGCAGAGGUUCCUGGAGAAGGCGCAGAGACUCUUCCCGACAGAGAAGGCCAAGGUGCUGCUGGACCUAAUAGCAAAGAAUGGAUUUACACCCAGACAAGGUGGCCACUCAGAGUUCAGAGGGACCUCUGGGCCUCGACAGCGGCAAACCACCAGUGAGGAUACGAGACCUGAAGAAAAGACUUCAGACACUUCAAAAUCCUACACGGCAGAUCAACAAGACGCUGUGAGGAGGAUAAAAGACUGUAAAGACUUCUAUGAAAUUCUUGGGGUGCAAAAAGAUGCUUCUGAGGACGAACUCAAAAGAUCCUAUAGAAAACUUGCUUUGAAAUUCCAUCCAGACAAGAAUCACGCUCCAGGUGCUUCAGAGGCAUUUAAAGCUAUCGGGAAUGCAUAUGCUGUUCUGAGCAACGCUAUCAAAAGAAGGCAGUAUGAUCAGUGUGAAGAAGAGAAGAGACAUCCUUCAAGACAUGGCCCGGACAAUGGGAACUUUGAGCCAGAUAUUUCACCUGAAGACCUCUUUAAUAUGUUCUUUGGAGGAGGUUACCCGUCAAGUAAUGCUAAUGUGUAUACUAAUGGGCGGAUGCGUCAUCAAAGGCGAGAGAGAAGAGAGCGUCAGCGAGAUGGAGGUCUUGCCCUCUUCGUGCAGGUCAUGCCCAUCCUCAUCCUGGUUAUUGUGUCAGCUCUCAGUCAGAUCAUGGUCAGCAGCCCCCCCUACAGCCUCAGCUUCAGGCCGUCAGGAGGUUACACACAGAAGAGGCUGACUGAGAACCUGAAGGUGCCAUAUUAUGUGGGGGAGCAGUUCUCCAAAGAGUUUACUGGAAUGAAUCUGAAGAAUUUGGAGCGGACGGUGGAGGAUGAUUAUAUUUCAAACCUUCGCAACAAUUGCUGGAAGGAGAAACAACAAAAGGAAGGCAUGCUGUACAGAGCUCGCUAUUUUGGAGAUACUGAUCUGUACCAAAGAGCACAGAGGGCUCGCACACCAAGCUGCGCCAAGCUGUCCGAGAUCACAGCUUCAUUACAUGGUUGAGGCUGCUUUCAUAAUAAAAUGUUUCCAGAAUCAACGCAAAAAAUUGCUGGCUGUAAAUAGAUGAGCUUUAACAAUCUGGAGACUGAAGACGACUCAACAAGCAACAGAAACAAACCAGCACCAAUCUGCAUCAAACCGACCACAGUAACCGGUAAUAACUAUGAAAUUCAGUAUGUGAAAUUUAAAUAUAAUGUUUUGAAAAUGGAAAAGCCACUUGAAAUAGCUUGUCCUCCUGACAAGAUACGGGUUUGGCAAACCUCCAAGCCUCAGUUUUGACUGAAAACCAUAAUGCUGUCAGAGGGCACAUUAUGCUUUUUGCGAGAAUGCAGUAUGAAACCAGAGCAUAGUGAGGUUAGAUAUGGUCCUACAGAUGUUAUUUAUGUAGCAGUUGAUUAGAUUACACAGCGAAUGCUUCCUUCCAUUUUAUGUUGUCAGAUCAGUAGAGGAGAUGAGUGUGAGGGAGAUUUGCUGAUUUGACCUCAAAUGCACAUUCUGAAACUAUGCAGGAAUGAUGUGAAACCUGUGAUGAAUAUACACUCAUGUCUAAGGUUUGUCACAUGUAUGAACACUGAUCUUUGUCUUCUUCCUAUUCUGUGUGUGUGUGUGAGAUAACAAUUAGGAAAUAUCCCUUUACACUUUGCCUCCUUUAAUUGUAUUAAGGAUAGAAUUAUAUAAUGCAACUUGAUGGCACUUCACAAUAAAUGCCAAGAGAUCGAGAGUCGUGCCUACCCACAAAGUGGGGCUUUAACAGGUUCUAGUUUUGGAGAAUAAUGUCUCAUCUGUUGGAAAAAGCAGUCUUUGUCACACUUUUUAAGUUUAUAGUAUGCUGUUUAUUCUUUGUAUUAUUAUUUAUUUCAAUGUACAUCAUCAGACCAAUAGAAAAGAAACCAAUACAGAUCUUGCUCACUUUUUCCACCUCGUUUUUACUCCCAGAUGAAAAUAAAUAUGGAUGCUCAAAACGUGUUAGAAAUUACUCUUCGCUCCGACCAGAACAAGCACAGAAUGUGGGAAACAAAAGCUCAGUCAGCACAUUUGGCUCAUAAAAACUCUGCCGGUCGGCUGUCUCAGACUGGGAACUGGAAACAUGGCUCCGUGCACGUUCACGUUUUGGUAGACGUGCAGCAUGUGCCCAGCAGGAACUGCAGCGUCACAUUCUUUGACCGCAGAUGUACUCAGCUGUUUUUAGCAGAUGCUGCACCUCUGCUUUCUGAUUUUCACUUGCACUGUAUGUUGUGGCUAACUCAUGUGCCUGUCAGCUGAUCUAUAUGACAGUAUAGCCAAACGUUAUUCCUUACUACAACAGGUGUCUUAGUAUUGUUUUAAUUUGGCAAC